AAUCGUGGAAAAUAAAAUGAUGGCAGGAAAAGGGCAGCUUUCAGUUCCGCCAGGUUUUAGAUUCCACCCGACAGAUGAAGAGCUUCUCUACUAUUACCUGAGGAAGAUGGUCUCGUAUGAAGCUAUCGACCUUGAUGUUAUAAGGGAAGUUGAUCUCAACAAACUUGAGCCUUGGGAUCUUAAAGAUAAAUGCAGAAUCGGAUCAGGACCUCAAAACGAGUGGUAUUUCUUCAGCCACAAGGACAAGAAAUACCCAACGGGGACUCGAACAAAUAGGGCAACUACGGCUGGUUUUUGGAAGGCAACUGGGAGGGACAAGGCUAUCCAUCUCAGCAACUCCAAGAAAAUCGGCAUGAGGAAAACCCUAGUUUUCUACACGGGACGUGCCCCUCAAGGCCAGAAAACAGAUUGGAUCAUGCAUGAAUAUCGUUUAGACGAAGAUGAUUCUGAUGUUCAGGAAGAUGGGUGGGUUGUUUGCAGGGUUUCUAAGAAGAAGAAUCAUAUCAGAAGCAGUUUUCAGGCAGAUUUCAGUGGUCAAGAAGAAAACUUUUGUCACAUCAAGAGUGUUGCUUCUUCAUCUCAAAUGGAUCCAAGGCAUAACAAUAAUAAUCAUCAUUUACAUAAGAUGUGUGAUCAAUAUUCCUUUGACGCCUCCAUGCAUCUACCGCAGUUAUUUAGCCCGGAAUCAUCGGCCAUCGCUUCUUCCUUUAUAUCACCACUGUCUUUGAACUCCAUGGAUAUAGAAUGCUCUCAAAACUUUCUGAGGCUAACAACAAACGGCAGCGGUGGCGGUUGUGGACUGAUGCAGCAAGAUCAGAUGAGGUACAAUGGUGAAUGGUCGUUCUUGGACAAACUUCUAACAACUCAGCCUCUCAGCAUAGAUCAUCAUCAUCACCACCAAGCCAAAUAUAUCUCUUCAUCUCAACUUGAUGUGGGAAGUUCUACGCAAAAAUUCCCAUUCUGA